AUGGUCGACCUCGCCGGAAAAGUGAGGCAAUUUGAUUUGGCCUGGCACGUGAUCGACUUGAUGAAGGCUCGGAAUGUGGAGAUUACGGUGGACACAUUCUUGAUUCUGGUUCGCCGGUACGUGAGGGCCGGAUUGGCUGCUGAGGCAGUGCACGCGUUUAACCGUAUGGAGGAGUAUGGCGUCAAUCCUGAUAGGAUUGCUUUCUCUGUGGUGCUCGGCAUUCUGUGUAAGAAGAGAAGAGCGAGCGAAACGCAGGCGUUUUUCGAUAGCUUGAAGCAUAAAUUCGAGGCCGAUGUUAUUCUGUACACUAGCUUGGUUAAUGGAUGGUGUAGAGCUGGGAAUAUAGCCGAGGCUGAGAGAGUGUUUAGGGAGAUGAAGGCGGCGGGGAUUGAGCCGAAUGUGUAUAGCUACAGCAUUGUGAUCGAUGCGUUGUGUAGGUGUGGACAUAUUACACGCGCUCAUGAUGUUUUCGCGGAGAUGAUUGAUGCAGGCAGCAAUCCGAAUUCUAUCACAUUUAACAAUCUUAUGAGGGUUCAUGUGAAGGCUGGAAGGACAGAAAAGGUGUUGCAGGUUUAUAAUCAGAUGAAAAGGCUGGGGUGCAAUGCGGAUGCCAUUACUUAUAAUUUUCUCAUAGAGUGUCAGUGUAAGGAUGAGAAUGUUGAAGAGGCUACCAAGGUGCUGAAUUUGAUGGUGAAGAAAGGCUGCAGCCCUAAUGCAUCGACUUUCAAUCCUAUAUUUCGGUGCAUCGCGAAGCUGAAGGAUGUGAAUGGCGCUCAUAGGAUGUAUACUAAGAUGAAGGAUUUGGAUUGCAAGGCGAACACAUUGACCUACAAUGUGUUAAUGCAGAUGUUUGCGGAAUCAAAGUCUACUGAUAUGGUGCUCAAGCUGAAUAAGGAGAUGGAUGAGAAUGAAGUGGAGCCUAAUGUGAACACGUAUAAGGUAUUGAUAUCUAUGUAUUGUGCAAUGGGGCAUUGGAACAUUGCAUACAUGUUCUAUAGGGAGAUGAUUGAGGAGAAAUGCUUAAAACCGAGUAUGCAUGUUUAUGAGAUGGUUCUGAAGCAGUUGAGGAAUGCAGGACAAUUGAAGAAACAUGAGGAAUUGGUCGAAAAAAUGGUUGACAGGGGCUUCGCUACCCGGCCAUUAGCAGUCUAGAAUGAACCAGUGCCUGCUUCAUUUUUGUUUUAGUAAUGGAAUAUUCUUUGUACUGUUUUUAUGAAUCUCAGGUGUAUGUUUCAUUGUUGUUGUUAUACUACUAAGCUUGGAUACCAUUAGGGAUUCCUGUAAUCUUCCAUAACAGAUCAUUUCAAUCCGAUAUCAGAUUAGUGACUCUUUAGGAUUUUGAUGAUACCCUUUCCAUCUUAAUGAAAUGUUUUAUGUUUUCAUUUAA